AUGAUUGAUCAAGGUCUCAUAGCGCCCUUCCUCGGCGCGCUUCAAGCCUGCGUCUCCGUAUUGUUGACCAUGUGCUAUGGCGUAACCGGACGCCGACUCCGGUUGAUCCAUGAUUCCACAAUAAAUGGCAUGGCUGUAUUGGGUGACAAAUUGUUUCUGCUAGCCCUGAUCGUGGUCAUCCUGAGAAAGCAUCUUGACAUGGGCACCGCGCUGAACUACAUUCCUGUACUGAGGCAACCACUGCGAGUGUGGGCUGGCAUCUACACCUUCAUCUCGAUCGGUAUAGGACAUUUGGUGUCGCGGAUGUUCCAACUCCCGCAACUGGUCACACCGGCGUGCGCAUUCAACAAUACCACUUCCCUGCCGCUCCUCCUCUUACAGUCUCUUGACAGCGUUGGAAUCCUGCAAGUUAUAUUACGAAAAGGAGAAGAUGCGAUGGAGGAGAUCGAGAGAGCACAGAGCUACUUCCUCGUCUGUGCCGUGGUGAGCAAGACGAUCGCCUAUACGUCAGCGCGACGACGACGAACAGCUCACCGAGAACACCUCGCUGCUGCCCCAGCGGGCCCAGAAGGCGCCCAGCAGGUGGUGAGCAAUCGCAUGCAGUGCUGGAGUCACUGGCUCGGCUCGCUCUUCCCGCAUCGUAUGAAGCAGGAGCUCAUGGCUGCCUUCGGAGAUCCAUUCGCAGACCUCGCCGUCGGGUGCACCCUGCUGGGUGCCUUACUGGGGCUGGUUCGGGCGCUGCAUCGGGCCUUUUUCGCACGCGACGAGGAUGGAGGAAUUUUCCAUGCGUGGCCUAAUGACCAGCGUACGAAACAUGGGGCACCCCUUCACGACGUUGCAGAUCUUCAUGGUUGGGUGAAAACUGGGCUGCGAGUCAUCACGACGAUCUUCCUGGUGCGGUUGAUGGUUUGGCCGGCGCUGAGCAUCUCGCUGGUUUAUGGCCUCGCGUGGUGGACGGCGCUUCUCGGGGAUGAUCCGAUGCUGUGGUUCAGCAUGAUGCUCAUGCCGGUCGGGCCGCCGGCGCUGGUCAUUUCGGGGCUGGCAGAGCUGGCCCAGGAGUCCGAGUCGGAAAAGAUGGCGAUCGCGAAGACCCUGGCGGCCCCACUGCGACUUCUGGACUGGGCAAAGCUGCUGAUAGGACCAGAUCAUGUAUGCCCUGACGCCGUGCGUGUGCUCUACGAUCACGGGGCCUUUAAAGGCGUCGGAGGCGGUCUUGCUGGACCGCCGGAUGGCGCUAUGACGUCUACACUCCACGACCGAGAUCGAAGGCAUUCAAUAUUCAAUCAAUUUCACCGUACUACCGAUACAUCAUGGCAAAAAGGAAGGCUCGAUGUCACACAUCAUUAA